UUUCACUUAAUUUUGUUACUUUCUCUUUAUCUAGAUAUGUGGACUCGCGCUGAUUAUAGUUGGUGCUGUUGUGAUUAAAAAGGAUUUUACGGAAUUUAUGGAUAGCAAAUAUGUAACAGCGCCUACCAUUCUUAUUGUUGUAGGAUGCAUUAUCUUUGUGGUAGCAUUCUUUGGAUGCUGCGGUGCGGUGAAAGAAAAUCAUUGUAUGGUGAUGACUUUUGGACUGCUUGUAUUUGUCAUUUUCGUUGUUGAGCUCGCUGGUGGAAUUUCUGCUUACAUGUAUAAGGGAGAGGUCAAAGAUUUCCUGAAACAAAACAUGAAUGACAGCUUGGUGCAGCAGAAGAAAGAUGCACUUCAACUUUGGGAUGAAAUGCAAUCCAAAUGGAAAUGCUGUGGUGUAGAUGGACCUCAAGAUUAUACUAAUGUCGGAAUAACCAUACCAAAGAGCUGCUGCGAGCCUGGUACUGAUACUUGCCAACAACCUUUCAUCAAAGGCUGCUUCCCACAAAUGCUUGAAAAAGUGAAAGGUGCUAUUACUGUUAUUGGUGGUGUUGCUGUUGGUCUUGCUGUAGUUGAGCUUCUGGGAUGCAUGUUUGCUUGGUGCUUGGCAUCUGCAAUCAAACGAGACUACGAAGGAGUUUAAUUUGUGCACUCAACUGUUCAUGAAACACCAUGUUCUUAAAUUCGUCCGUUUGAGAUGAUUUUCAUUCUGAGCACAUAAGAAUUCAUUUAUAUACUGUUAUGUUUUUUUAAUUUUUUUUUAAAUAUUUGUAUUUGUAAAUUUUUGAAAUAGUGGGUGCUUUUGUAUUCUGCUAUCGAACACUUUUAGUGAAUUACUUAAUAGAUAAUUCAAAGAUGCUCUCUAAAUCAAGGGAUGUGCAUUAUUUUUAUAAUUUUUUAUCAAUGAAAAUUUUGAAAUUCUUUUUAUGUAAUAUUAAUUUUUGAAUUAUUUACUGUAAUCUAAAUCAUUAACUGGAUCUAAAUUGACUAAAUCUCAAUUAAAUCCAAUUUUGUAUCGGAUCCUAAAUAACAUUCCUAAUCACUGAUAAAGUAUGUGCCUUAGAUAUCCGUUAUUAUUAAAGUAUUAUUUUCGAAAUAUACAAAAUUUAUUUAAAAAAUGUCUACACAUUGUUUUCUUUUUAUGAAAUACUUAUGUUUUUUUUUUUAAACUUUUAUUUAAUUAUAUGCCAAAUAGCUUGUAAUUAGAAUAUUUUGAUAUUUGAAUUAUAUCUAUGUGUGCCAAUAUUAUACUACUCUAUAUAAGCCCUCCAAUAUUUUAUUUCUAGUUUAAAGAUUAAUUCUUAGAUUUGAUUAAGUAGCUUCAUUUAAAUUCAUAACUUUAAAAAAAAUUUCUUUUAAAUUAUUAAUCAAAUUUUAAACUAUUUUGAACUGUAUACUUGUUAUUAAGCACAAGUCUGCUUUCUUGUUAUAAACAUUCCAGUUUUCUUUAUUAUUAAUUAAUGCUAUUAAACUUAAGCAUUUCGCUUUAUAGUGGCUUUAUUUUUCAUCAUGCAAUAUUAUUUGGUCUAAUACUGUUUCUGUAUCAGUAAUCAUUGUAUAUAAAUCCUUGUACUUACCAGUGUAAAAAGUUAUGAAGUCUGUGUAUUAAUAAAACUUUUAAUGUUUGA